CCUUCCCCUCCCCUUGCCCGCUGCGUCGCGAGGCGCGCGCCCGUCCGCCGCCUGCCGCGGAUCGCGUGGUCAGCUCGGCUCGCCGCGCCUCUCCCCCGUCCGUCCAUAUUGCUGCAGCCCCCGAGCCGGGAAGCCCGGGCCGCCCCGGCGGCGGGGGGGAGGGAGGGACGGGACGAGAAGCCUGCCAGGCUCGGGGUGGGGACGCCUUGCGAGGAACGGGCGGGGGGGGACGCGCGCCGAGGAGGCCUGGACCGCAUAGUGGGGGGCCUUCGUCCCCCCCCCCGCCCGGCCAGCGGGCCUUGGAUCUACGGCGGCUGCGUUCGACCCGGAGGGGAGCCGCGCCUAGCGUGAACCCCGACCCUUCUCCGCCGGGACUGGGGCCCAGCGCCCCGGAGGAAGGCGUCGCGGGCGCUCGGAGAGCCAAGUUCGAGGCGGGGGAGGCAGCCUCGGGCGCGCCCGGCUUCUCCGGGGGGGCGGGCGCGCAGAUGGCCACUCAGGUGGAGCCGCUGCUGCCGGGGGGCGCCCCACUCUUGCAGGCCGAAGAGCACGGGGGGUUGGUGAGGAAGAAGCCGCCGCCGUCGUCCGAGGGCAAGGGCGAGCCCGGGGCGAACGACGUCGGAGGGGGGGAGCCGGACGGCGGCGCCCGGAGACCUCGGCCGCCCUGCGCCAAGCCACACAAGGAGGGCACAGGGCAGCUGGAGCGCGAGAGCCCGCGGCCACCGCAGCCGCCUGGCGCCGAGGGCCCGGCCGUCAGCGACGGGGAGGAGGGCGGCGGCGGCGAGCCGGCCGCUGGCGGAGGAGCUGCCGGAGCCGCGGGCGCCGGGCGCCGAGACUUCGUGGAGGCCCCUCCGCCCAAGGUGAACCCGUGGACUAAGAACGCGUUGCCGCCGGUCCUGGCCACCGUGAACGGACAGUCUCCUCCAGAACAUGCUGCUCCGGCCAGGGUGGUGAGGGCAGCAGUUCCUAAACAGCGCAAAGGUAGCAAGGUUGGUGACUUUGGAGAUGCAAUCAACUGGCCAACACCUGGAGAGAUAGCCCACAAGAGUGUGCAGCCACAGUCCCACAAGUCUCAGCCUGCCCGCAAGCUGCCACCCAAAAAAGACAUGAAGGAACAGGAGAAAGGAGAGGGGAGUGAUAGUAAGGAGAGCCCGAAAACCAAAUCAGAUGAAUCGGGGGAGGAGAAGAACGGGGAUGAGGACUACCAGCGAGGCGGGCAGAAGAAGAAAGGGAACAAACACAAGUGGGUUCCGUUGCAAAUAGACAUGAAGCCUGAAGUGCCCAGAGAGAAACUGGUCUCUCGCCCUACUCGCCCGCCAGAGCCACGACACACACCUGCCAACCGCGGGGAGAUCAAAGGGUCUGAGCCUGCCACCUACGUGCCCGUGCCCGUGGCCCCCCCCACCCCAGCCUGGCAACCAGAGACCAAAUCGGAGCCUGCCUGGCACGACCAGGAUGAGACAUCGAGUGUGAAGAGUGAUGGGGCUGGUGGGGCGCGGGCUUCCUUCCGUGGCCGUGGACGGGGGCGUGGUCGCGGCCGGGGACGCGGCCGGGGUGGCACUCGAACCCAUUUUGACUACCAGUUCGGCUACCGAAAGUUUGACGGUGCAGAGGGGCCGCGCACCCCCAAGUACAUGAACAACAUCACCUACUACUUUGACAAUGUCAGCAGCACUGAGCUUUACAGCGUGGACCAGGAGCUGCUUAAAGACUACAUCAAACGCCAGAUUGAAUACUACUUCAGCGUGGACAAUUUAGAGCGAGACUUCUUCCUGCGACGGAAAAUGGAUGCUGACGGUUUCCUUCCCAUCACACUUAUUGCGUCCUUCCACCGAGUACAGGCCCUUACCACUGACAUUUCACUCAUUUUUGCGGCCCUAAAGGACAGCAAGGUGGUGGAGAUCGUUGAUGAAAAAGUCCGCCGAAGGGAGGAGCCAGAGAAAUGGCCUCUUCCUGGUCCCCCAAUAGUGGAUUAUUCCCAGACUGAUUUCUCCCAGCUUCUCAACUGCCCAGAGUUUGUGCCCCGCCAGCACUAUCAGAAGGAGACAGAGUCGGCGCCUGGCUCUCCCCGUGCUGUCACACCAGUGCCAACUAAAACAGAGGAGGUCAGCAACCUAAAGACCCUGCCCAAGGGCCUGUCUGCCAGCCUCCCUGACCUGGAUUCUGAGAACUGGAUUGAAGUGAAGAAAAGACCUCGGCCCUCCCCAGCACGACCCAAGAAGUCAGAGGAGCCCCGGUUCCUCCACCCGACUACUCUGCCUCAGCAGCAGCCCUCUCAGCAGCUGAUGUCCAAGGAUCAAGACGAGCAAGAGGAACUGGAUUUCCUGUUUGACGAGGAAAUGGAGCAGAUGGAUGGGCGGAAGAACACCUUUACCGCCUGGUCUGAUGAGGACUCUGACUAUGAGAUUGAUGACCGGGAUGUCAACAAGAUCCUCAUUGUCACCCAGACGCCACCUUACAUGCGCCGGCACCCGGGGGGGGACCGCACAGGCAACCACACCUCGCGUGCCAAGAUGAGCGCUGAGCUGGCCAAGGUCAUUAACGAUGGUCUCUUCUACUACGAGCAGGACCUGUGGACUGAGAAGUUUGAACCCGAGUAUUCCCAGAUCAAGCAAGAAGUCGAGAACUUCAAGAAAGUCAACAUGAUCAGUCGGGAGCAGUUUGAUACACUAACCCCUGAGCCCCCUGUGGAUCCCAACCAAGAGGUCCCUCCUGGACCACCUCGCUUCCAGCAAGUUCCCACUGACGCCCUGGCCAACAAGCUGUUUGGUGCCCCCGAGCCCUCCACCAUUGCCCGCUCUCUACCAACCACUGUCCCAGAGUCGCCAAACUAUCGCAACGCCAGGACCCCUCGCACUCCCCGGACACCGCAGCUCAAAGACUCAAGCCAGACGUCACGGUUUUAUCCAGUGGUGAAGGAAGGUCGGACGCUAGAUGCUAAGAUGCCUCGGAAAAGGAAGACCAGACACAGCUCGAACCCACCCUUGGAGAGUCACGUGGGCUGGGUGAUGGAUUCCCGCGAGCACAGGCCCCGGACUGCUUCCAUAAGCUCCAGCCCCUCAGAAGGCACGCCUGCGGUUGGCAGCUAUGGCUGUACCCCUCAAUCGCUGCCCAAGUUCCAGCAUCCUUCCCACGAGCUGCUCAAGGAAAACGGCUUCACACAACACGUCUACCACAAGUAUCGUAGGCGCUGCCUUAACGAGCGGAAACGCUUGGGCAUUGGCCAGUCUCAGGAGAUGAACACUCUCUUCCGCUUCUGGUCCUUCUUCCUCCGAGAUCACUUCAACAAAAAGAUGUAUGAGGAGUUCAAGCAGCUGGCUCUGGAGGAUGCCAAAGAAGGCUACAGAUAUGGUUUGGAGUGCCUUUUUCGAUACUACAGUUAUGGCCUGGAAAAGAAGUUCCGGCUGGACAUAUUUAAGGACUUUCAGGAGGAAACCGUGAAGGACUAUGAAGCUGGUCAGCUGUAUGGGCUGGAGAAGUUCUGGGCCUUCUUGAAAUAUUCCAAAGCCAAAAAUUUGGACAUUGACCCCAAACUUCAAGAAUACCUCGGCAAAUUCCGACGUCUUGAAGACUUCCGAGUGGAUCCCCCCAUGGGUGAGGAGGGCAACCACAAGCGACACCCAGUGGCAGCAGGAGGUGGCAGCGGCGAGGGCAGGAGGCGGUGCCCCUCCCAGUCUUCCGGCAGGCCCUCCGCCGUGGUCGGCCAGCCCCCCGCACCAGCUCCCGGCCAGCCCCUCCGAGAAGACGCUAAAUGGACAAGCCAGCCCUCGGACGCACAGGCUUUGGGGAAGUGAAAACCCUUUAGCCCUGGGCUUUGGGGGGGAGGGGUGGGGGGCAGGCGAGAGUCGGGGGCCAGUCCCAGGAGAGGGGACGGAGGAGGGACAGGCCUGGAGUCGUUAGGGUGGGCCUUUGUGCUGAGUAGCAGCGUGUACGCCACUUGGGCCAUCAGAGGCGCCCCCGGGCAGGAGCCUGCACACACCCCUUCCCUCUUCUCUCUCCAUGGCUCUUCUUCACAUCCUAGCUUCUUCUGGGGGGGAGGGUAAGGGGGGAAAUUUUUUUUAUAUAUAUAUAUAUAUAUACAUAUAUAUAUAUCAAGUUUUAAAUUAUUGAUAGUUUGUCUGGAUUACCAAAAUCACUCUGCAGCCCUGCCCGCGGCUGGUAGGCCGCAACCCUGGUCCCCAUCCACAGCUGCGUCCUGCUCCCCCGCCAGCCAACUAUGCAGCCCACAGAAAGGCCCUGUGGGCCCCAUUGCCCAGCACUGUUUCACAGAAGGCUCUGGCAGCGUCCCUGGGCCCCACGAGCACCAGCCCCUUGAUCAUCUGGGGCUUGCCAUCACCUUGUUCUCUCCCUGCUGUCCCUACCACGCCCUCCUGCCAUCUUCCGGGAGAAGGAAACCAAAGGAUCUAGCAGUGGGGGUGGGGAAGGUUUCGGCCUCUCUCCACUCCCCUCCCCCCAUGCCCCUUACUCCCCAGCCCAGAGAGACGCUGCUCGUACCAGAAGAGACUAUUGAAAGAUGAUUUAUUUUAUUUUUCUCUGACCUUUCCAUCCUUGGGAAAAUGGAAAAGAAAAAAAAAAAAAAAAGACAAAAUCGACCAUAAAAGACCAAAAAAAACCAUCAGAAAACCCCCACCUAAUCCACAGAAAGUGAUGUCUUUCCCCUACCCUUGGAAUUUUCUUGUUUUGUUCUUGGAAAUAGUAUUUUUUUAAAAGUUGCCUUAUUGUGGAGUGGGAAUCUGAAAUACCCAAAUGCCUGUUUUCCUCGGUGGAGUCAACUCGAAGAGCUCCCACCUUCUCUGGAUGUGCCUGGGCUGGAUUGACUAGAAUCUGUCUCUGGAUUGAGUUGCAUGUACAGUGCCUCCUGCCUGUAGGCAAGAGAGUGGGGGCGGCUCAGAUCAGAGCCGUGCCCAGAAUAUCUCCGCUGUUGCAUCAUUUGAAGCUGACGUCCCGUGUCUGUACACUGCUGCCACUGUCGUGUCCUUGCUCUGCUUGCUGUUGCCUCACGCCAGGGCCCAUCCUGCCGUGACACCCUUCAUCCUACCCUUGGAACGCCAAGGCCAAGUUUGCUUCAGACUGUUGGAGGACAGCGUUGGCCUGGAUCUGGGACACACUCGUCCUCGGCUUGACUGUCUCCCCCACCUCAGAGGGGAAAGGUGAACACUUGGCAGCUGAGGCUUGGAAACCUUUCUUGCGUUCCCUUGAUAGAUCUCUGAGACCUCGAGGAGGCUUUGUCUCUUAAAAGGUGGAGAGAGAUGCCGUUCUCCUCCCUUGGGCUGGGUGGGUAUCCCCAUCUUGCGCCCCGCCCCCUCUGCAAGCCAUCUCUGCCCACCCUCCAGUUGACCCCGCCUGGGAACGAGAGAUUGAGGAGGCUUUGAGGGGGGGGGGGUCCUGCUAGUUGGAGAAGCCCUGUGGCAGGAAGGUAUAUGUGGACAUAGAGUAUACCUGACUUCUCCAGCCACUGACUGCUUGACUUGGGCUGUGAAUGACAGUGGAAUGGCUGGAGUCUCCUGGCAUCCAGAGCUAGGGAGGGUGACCCAAAACUGACCCUCACAAACGGGGCUGGGUGCGGGUAUGCCAACACGCUCACCACAGGGUGGUGGUGGUCAUGUGCUCACGCCUCUUGGCCCUUGUCAACUGCUUCCUCUGUCGGGCCCUAAAGCUGGGAGUCGGAGACAGUAUCUCAGGCUGGCUAGGGCUUGCCCUGUGUCUUGGGCACCUCAUUGCUUUGGCCUGUGCCCUCCCCCAUCUCUGGCCUCCCAGCAGUUAGUAUGGGGAAGCCCAUCUUAGUUCCUGUGAGCCGGUUGUCUCGAAAGCCAAGGAUGAGUGUCUGGUCUCUGCUCUGACAGUGGGGUUUGAGGCCUCUCCCUGCCCAAUCUGGUGCCUGCCCCACAAUGUGCCAGACACUGGACGCCCUCCUCCUUCCCUUCAUUGCCUCUUUCUUUCCUUUGGGUUGCUCGGCCCUGUACUGUAUCCAGCACCACAGAAACCUCAGUGUUUGUCCUCUGCUGGGUUUGGGGGCACAAGGAAGCCUUGGGAGUAUGGGGAAAGGCUGUUCUUAUCUAGAGUUUACUCCCAGGCCAGGGGGCUGCCAUCCUCUCCCUGAUCCUCCCCACAGACACCCCACAAAGAGGAAGCCCCUUUUGGGUGGGGAGGUGAGGACGUCAUCUCAACACAGGCUGGGGUUGGGGGGGCUUUUUUCUUCCUUUUUUUCUUUCCUUUUUUUUUUUUUUUUUGUAACAUGUUCGGAGUUAAUGUUGCAAAGAGUAGUUUACAUCUUCACUUUCUGAAGACACUUGAAUUUAGGACCGAUGUAUCUGUGACAAGCACCAUCCUCCAUGGGGAUCCAAGAUCGGAGACACAAAGCAACAGCCUGCCCAAAUCCUUCUGUUCAUCCUGUUCCCUUCCAAGAUUGGUCCAUGCCAACACAGCCUUUGGGCAUCAAACAUCAGAAGGUCUGUGUACCUCGGCCCUGCUAAGGGGCAGGUUUCUCUUGUGCUCUCCCGAAUCUGGGAGUAAAGGCACUACCGGGAGAGAGGGGCUGCCCGACCCUGCCCCAGCCUGGACCCCUUGGGCUCAGAUCCAGGUGCAGAGCCCCCCGUGUCAAAGUUGUUAUGUUUUUGUUUUGUUCUAUUGUAGCUCUUUUUUUCCCUUUCCUGAUGAUUGGUUUUUGAAAAGAAAGUUGCUCAGAAAGCCCUGGCAGUGGGGAGGAGGGGCAAGAAGGACAACUAGCUUAUAGGGAGGGUGGUGGUUUUUUGCCAGAAGCCUGGGUAGAGCGGUCUGAAUCGCCUGGUGCCUCCUGAGCGGGGGCCCCAGGUCUCUCCUGUGUGCGCAGGGCCCGGGAUGUGCCCCAGCCCCACCCUCUCCUUCAGCCGUGUUGAUAGCAGAGGCAGAGAAGAUAAGAGCAUACAGCCCAUUUCUGACUGGAGAGGAAAACUUGUCACCGGCUUUGCGGAGAAGGUUCCACCUUAUGCUCAUAGUACGUUAUCUUUACCAUGUGCUAGGAUAUCACACUUACAAGGACAAAAAAAUGUAAAAUACUUGAAUGAGCUUGUAUUAUAACAUUAAUAUUAUUGAGAGUAUCUGCUUUCCAGGCUGAAGUGAUUCAUUCAUUAUUCUAGUCCUGCUUUAGUCGUUUGUAAUUUGUGGUAAUUAUGCUUUUCUUUUUAAUACAAAAAAAUGUAUAAAAAUAAAAACUUGAAAAGGCAAAA